AUGGUCACAGAAUUCCUUAAUUCCGUGAAAACAUGUCCUGGAGCUAUAAUCGGAGUCAACAUUGAAGAAUUAAAACCUCCACGCGACUGGAAGUGGUCAAACGUUAGUUUUCCAUUACCAGAAACACCUAUUGAGGUCCAUAAGAUGCUUUGCGAUCGCCAAGAUCUCAUUAUGAAGUCAAUAAAAGUGAGAUCUUUCAAAAAUUCUCCGAAAUGUCGACAUCAAGGCUGCAACGAAGUGGCGAACAUGGUUUGUGCUAAAUGUAGGAAGCUUGUAUUAUGCAAGAAUCAUUGCCAUGAUGGCGAAAAAUGUCCAAUUUGUGGAAAUCCAAUCAAAGUUAUUUAA